GGCGCGGAGCGGGCCCGGGACUUCUGCAUCAGAGGAGGAGCCGGCCCCGGAAGAAAAUGAAAAUAUUUUCUGAGUCUCAUAAAACUGUUUUCGUUGUGGAUCACUGCCCAUAUAUGGCAGAAUCCUGCAGACAACAUGUUGAAUUUGAUAUGUUAGUAAAGAAUCGGACCCAAGGAAUUAUACCUCUAGCACCCAUAUCAAAAUCGCUAUGGACCUGUUCAGUGGAAUCAUCCAUGGAGUACUGUAGAAUAAUGUAUGAUAUUUUCCCUUUCAAGAAACUGGUGAAUUUCAUUGUGAGUGAUUCUGGGGCUCAUGUCUUGAAUUCUUGGACUCAAGAAGAUCAGAACUUGCAGGAGUUGAUGGCAGCAUUAGCAGCUGUUGGGCCACCUAAUCCUCGGGCAGAUCCAGAGUGCUGCAGCAUACUUCAUGGUCUGGUUGCAGCAGUUGAAGCACUCUGCAAAAUAACAGAAUACCAGCAUGAGGCUCGAACCAUGCUCAUGGAGAAUGCAGAACGAGUUGGAAACAGAGGGAGAAUAAUCUGUAUUACUAAUGCAAAAAGUGACAGUCAUGUUCGGAUGCUUGAGGAUUGUGUUCAGGAAACCAUUCAUGAGCAUAACAAGCUUGCAGCUAAUUCAGAUCAUCUAAUGCAGAUUCAGAAAUGUGAAUUGGUCUUAAUCCACACUUACCCGGUCGGUGAAGACAGCCUUGUUUCAGAUCGUCCUAAAAAAGAGCUUUCACCAGUUUUAACCAGUGAAGUGCACAGUGUCCGUGCGGGACGGCAUCUGGCUACAAAACUGAAUGUUUUAGUACAACAGCACUUUGAUCUGGCUUCAACCACAAUAACUAACAUUCCGAUGAAGGAAGAACAACAUGCUAACACAUCAGCCAACUAUGAUGUGGAGCUUCUUCAUCACAAAGAGGCACACGUUGACUUUUUAAAGAGUGGUGAUAAUCAUAUAGGUGGCAAUAGCAGAGAAGGCACAUUUAAAGAAACUGUAACAUUAAAAUGGUGUACUCCUCGAACAAAUAGUGUGGAAUUACACUACUGCACCGGAGCAUACAGAAUCUCACCAGUAGAUGUAAAUAGCAGACCUUCUUCAUGCCUUACUAACUUUCUCCUUAAUGGUCGUUCUGUUCUGUUGGAACAGCCACGCAAGUCUGGCUCUAAAGUAAUUAGUCACAUGCUCAGCAGCCAUGGAGGAGAAAUUUUUCUGCAUGUAUUAAGCAGCUCGAGAUCAAUUCUAGAAGAUCCCCCAUCAAUUAGUGAAGGGUGUGGUGGAAGAGUCACUGACUACCGGAUUACAGAUUUUGGUGAAUUUAUGAGGGAAAACCGAUUAACUCCUUUUCUAGAGCCCAGAUAUAAGAUUGAUGGAAGUCUUGAAAUUCCAUUGGAACGUGCAAAAGAUCAGUUAGAGAAACAUACUCGUUACUGGCCUAUGAUUAUUUCUCAGACUACCAUCUUCAACAUGCAAGCUGUAGUGCCAUUAGCCAGUGUGAUUGUAAAAGAAGCAAUGACUGAUGAGGAUGUUCUGAAUUGUCAAAAAACAAUAUACAAUUUGGUAGACAUGGAGAGGAAAAAUGAUCCACUGCCAAUUUCAACAGUUGGUACCAGAGGAAAGGGUCCUAAAAGAGAUGAACAGUACCGGAUUAUGUGGAAUGAAUUGGAGACCCUUGUACGAGCACACAUAAACAACUCUGAUAAACACCAGCGAGUUUUAGAAUGUUUGAUGGCUUGCAGAAGCAAACCCCCAGAAGAAGAGGAGCGCAAGAAACGAGGUAGAAAGAGAGAAGACAAAGAAGACAAGUCAGAGAAGUUGGGCAAAGACUAUGAAUCAGAUAAGCCAUGGCAAGAAUCAGAAAGGUUAAAAGGUAUUUUGGAUCGUGAAAAAGAGGAACUAGCAGAAGCUGAAGUUAUCAAAGAUUCCCCUGAUUCUCCUGAGCCACCCAACAAAAAGCCUCUUAUUACAAUGGAUGAAAUGCCCACAGUUGAAAAGGCAAAAGGGCCAAUGUCCUUGCUGUCUUUAUGGAGCAACAGGAUUAAUACUGCCAACUCUAGGAAACACCAAGAAUUUAUUGGUCGUUUGAACUCUGUCAACAAUAAAGCUGAGCUAUAUCAACAUCUGAAAGAAGAAAAUGGAAUGGAAACAACGGAAAAUGGAAAAGCAGGCCGGCAGUGAUGAUUAAUUCUGUUUCUUCAGACAAAACUUGGCCGAAUUGCAAAAAUAUUUAAUGCUGGAAUAGAUAUUGGUACCAUUUCAGUAAAAUUGUGUAGCUCUGUUUUGAUUGGUUUUUACAUUUUUCUAUUCUUAUUUUUGCUAUGAAAUACAAAAUCCGCAUAUCACAUUAAAUGAAUAGUGUGCAAAUAGGAGCUGUUCUGAAGUACUUUAGUCAUGUUUUUAGGAUGAAGAAAACCUGUACUGCCAUGGACUAAAUCAAGUAAUCAAAUAUGUUAGAGUUUUAAGUCCUUUCCCAUAACUAUAGUUUAAUAUUUCAAAAUCAGCAAGACUGGUAAAAAAAAUCAAGUAAUCGAUAACUAACUGAUAAUAUUGUUAACUUUGGUUCAUGAAUACUUUUAUUUAUAUGAAACUUCCUCAGGAGUCCAGAAUUAUGGAAAAGACUGCACACUGAGUACCUAGUCACGGAGCUGAGAAAAUGCCAGUCUUGGUUUUCAACUAAGGGGUGGGAGAGUGAGUGCUUUUACAGAUAAAAAUUGUUGGUUUAAGGACUUUUAAAAAUUGACUAGAAAUUAUCUUUAGAAAGCAAAGCUUUUCAGGUUGUUGUGCUGGAGUUAAGUCUUUGUUUUUAAGCAAAAGUAAAAUAAAAUUUUUGCUAAUCAUUAAAUUAUUUUUUUGAUGAAAUAUGCCCUCUAUAAGAUACCUGUGGUUUUAGGUCUAAGCUUUUUUAAUGUCAUGGGGAGACUUGUUCUCAAUAUUAAUGGCCGUGAAAUAACAAAGUGGAUGAUCUGUCUUCGUUAUCUUUAAGAGCCUUUUUUUCUCUUAAUGGAGAGUAGAAUUCUCAAACAGGAAAACUGUCACCCAAUGUCUGUGAUCUAAUCCUUUGUAAGAUUUGGGGUUGGCUUCCAAAUGGGUCAACUUGAGUGGGCUAAGGAAAGAUGAAUAGCUAAGCUCUACAUGUAUGUCAGCCUUCCUCUGAUUUGCAUCUGUUACCUUAUUCUAGCUUGUAUAAGCAACUGAAGGUCUCAACAGAUUUGGUAUGUUAUAGUUUAAGUUGAUUUAAGACACAUCUUUGUGAGCUUUUCUAAAACUAAAUUAAUAUACCAUAGUUCAUGAUGACUAGAUCUGAAGACAAGCAUCUGAAGCAAGUAUUCUUUACUUACGUUGGUAGCUGAGUCCUUUCUUCAGCUGUGUUAAAGUACCACGUAUAGUUUCAAGGUGAUUAUUUAGCCACUGUGAUGCAGAUGCGUUUUCUGUUAAAUGAUUUUAGAACCGUUUUUACAGAGUGAUUAAA